GUCGUCGACGUCCUGCGAGAGCGCGGCCUCCUCGACGCGUGCACCAACGAAGACGAGCUCCGUGAAGCCGCCGGCGACGGAUCGCUCUCGGUGUACUGCGGCUUCGACCCCACCGCGGACUCGCUCCACCUCGGCAACCUCCUCGGCAUCGUCGUCCUCGCGUGGUUCCAACGCUGCGGCCACACCCCGAUCGCGCUCCUCGGCGGCGCGACCGGGCGCGUGGGAGACCCGAGCGGGAAGAGCGCGGAGCGGCCGGUGCUCGACGACGUCACGAUCAACGCCAACGUGGCGGGGAUCGAAAAGAUCUUACGCGGGGUCCUCGCGAACUCGGCGUCGUUCGCGCCUCCGGGCGACGAGCUCAAGCCCGCGCGGGUGCUGAAUAACCUGGACUGGUUCGGCGGGAUGGGUUUUCUCGAGUUUUUGCGCGACGUCGGGAAAUACGCGCGCGUGGGGACGAUGGUGGCGAAGGACAGCGUCAAGUCGAGGCUCGAGUCGGAACGAGGGAUGUCGUUCACGGAGUUUUCGUACCAGCUGCUGCAAGGGUACGACUUCGUGCACUUGCACAGGGAGGAGAACGUCAUGGUGCAAGUCGGCGGGAGCGAUCAGUGGGGGAACAUCACCGCGGGGACGGACUUGAUACGGAGGAUAUCGCAGCGGGACGGUGGCGCGUACGGUCUGACGUUCCCGCUCCUUCUAAAGGCGGAUGGCAAAAAGUUUGGCAAAUCCGAAGACGGCGCCGUGUGGCUGUCCCCGGACCGCCUCUCCCCGUACAAGUUCUAUCAGCACCUCCUCCAGAGCACGGACGCGGACGUCGUGCGGUUCAUGAAGACGCUGACGUUCGUGCCGAUCGAGGAGAUCGAGGCGAUGGAGGCGGCGAUGAAAGAGGACGGAUACGCCCCGAACACGGCGCAAAAGAGACUCGCGGAGGAGGUGACGAGGUUCGUCCACGGCGAAGCCGGGCUGAGCCAGGCGCUGAAAGCGACGGAGGGGCUGAAACCGGGCGCGGAUACGGUUCUAGACGCGGACACGCUCGAGGCGCUCGCGGGGGACAUACCGAGCGCGGAGCUGAGUUUGGGAGAGGUCGUGGGGCGGACCGUCGUCGACGUCAUGGCGGCGACGGGGCUGCAAAAGUCAAAGGGCGAGGCGAAGCGGUUGAUCAAAGGCGGCGGCGCGCGCGUGAACAACGUCAAGGUGGAGGACGAGGGGAAGGUGAUCGAGGAAGGGGACGUCGUGGACGGGAGGGUGUUGCUUCUCGCCGCGGGGAAGAAGAACAAGCUGUUAGUGCGCGUG